AUGAAAGUGUUAAGCAGCUGUAAUACUUCAAAGACACUAAAUGCUGGGAACAUGGAGAGUUUGAUUGAGCGUCCAUCAGAGGCUGAUACCAAGAAAUGUCCCCCGCUGGUCCUAGCAGAUACUGAAGACGGACGUUGUCACUUAACUGCAGAUGGAACAAAGAAAAGAAAGAAGGUGAUACCACAGUCAUUUACUCUGAGACGAAACUCUACCAGUGGGAAUUCCCCAGGGCAGCUCGACUCAGGUGCCAAAAUUGCUCUGUUUGGCCAGCCUCUGGCAGAUAUCUGUGGGGAAAAUGACACACUGCCCCAGCCCAUCCAGGAUCUCCUUGCUGUAUUGUAUAUGAAAGGACCUUCCACUGAAGGGAUAUUUAGAAAAGCUGCCAAUGAGAAAGCACGAAAGGAGUUGAAGGAGGACCUAAACAAAGGCAUGAAUGUUGAUUUGAAAAGCAAAUCUGUGCACCUGCUGGCAGUGAUCUUGAAGGACUUCCUCCGAAAUAUUCCCUCCAAACUCCUGUCAGCAGACCUCUAUGAGAAGUGGAUACAAGCUCUGGAGAAGCCAAGCAAGCAGGAAAAAACUGAAGAAUUGAAAGA